AUAUCUAUUUCGUUAUGUGUAUGAUAAUAAGCACAACUGUAUUUUAUUCUUUAAGAUUUUUGUUUUCAGUUUUGUAGAUUGUUACUUGUUGAGUUAUUUAUGUGUUUAACUAAUAACUCGUCGUUAUGAGCUUAAAAAUAAAAUAUUCAUGACAUAACUAUUACCAGAUGUACCUAGGUAGUGUAUAUGCUACUGUUGUGAACUACUUGUGAUAUUUUUCAAAUGCAUCAUGUUGUCGAUUCCAACUGAUUUACAAGGCCAACCAAGAUAUCAAACACCAAAUUCGGAUCAAUUAAAUAUGCAAAAUAAUGUUCCUCCAAAAUGUGUUCCUGAGGUUGUUACACCAUUAUAUGACAUAAAUGAUUUGUAUCAAAAUGCUAAAUGUUUUCAAAAAGCUCCUGAAGUUUGCAAUAAGAAAAGCAAAAAAGCAGAACUAAAUUCUAAAAAUAAAGACAAACUUCAAAUUACUACACAAUUUUUAUUUGGUCAUCAUGUGCCACCAUAUUAUUCAGUGUUAAAUCAUACACUUAUGAAUAAAUAUGUAAUACACUUAUUCAAUCCUAAUGCACCCACUGCUAAAAUUCUGAGGAUGCAUACAGAAAUUAUUAAACAUGAACGAGAAAUGUUUAAUCAUUGGCUUUCAAACCUUUGGGAAGAAAAUUUGAAAAAUCGUCGACUGAAUGUCAUACCGUUCGUUGAGAAUUACAUCAAAUCUGCUUGUAAUUUUUCAAAUGAUUAUAUUAAAUCACACUACGGUGGUACAUUAAGUUCAAAACUGAAGAUCGACUAUAAUGUAAGAGAUGAAAUUGAAGUGAAUAAAGUUGAAAUGGUAUAUUGUAAAAGAUUACAGUCUAAUACAAAUCGUAUAAUAAAAAAUCUUCCUAUGAAAAUUGAUAUUGAAAAUCUAGAAUCAAAAGUUUGUUUUAACGACGGUGUGUUUAAUCCACCUCAAAAAAUUCCUUUUGUGGAAGAUGAAUGUUGUCGUACACUGUCAAAAAAACAUAGUAUUGAUGUUAACAUCUGUUUAAGUAGUAUGAAAAGUAUUAUGAAUUUAGAGAAACCUAAUAGUUUAUGGAUUAUUCCUGUCAAUGUAGAGAUUGAUUCUGAGGAGCGUAAAACAAUUUAUGUUGGAGGAGCAUUAUGUACAGGACAUUUCUCUCAGCAAGAAAAAAGUUGGUAUUAUCUCCGAAAAGAACUGAAAAAAAAAUUCAUAGAAGUUUUGCCUAAUGAGGCUGUUCCAAACAAUUAUAAUAAUUACAACUAUGAUGAAUGGCAGUUAAAGGUCAGCGGUGUCAAUGGCGUUGACAAAUCAUUCAAUUUACUUGUAAGAAAUAAACCACAUGGUGUACAACAAAAUAUCAAACCACUCAAUGCCCCAGCAGUAAUAAUACCAAAGAUUGAGUAUCAACCAGAAUUUGGCUUUGAAAAAAUCAGUGAAGAGCAGCUUGUCGAAUAUUGGCUGGACACCACCUUCAGAUGUCCCAAAACCAAAUUAGUAUUAGUUUCAGUACAACACAAUAUGGACCUCAUGCAGGUGAAAUGGGGAGUUGAAGAGGUAGAGAGUUUAAGUUCAAAUGGCAAAGACCAAAUCUACCUACAAAGAUUGUAUCUUACUAUAGACAAACUAACACAGUUAGGCAAAGGAGAAUAUGUACUGUUACACAACCCUAAAAAACCAUUUCACGUCGACCUCUACCAGUCAUCAGCGUAUGGAGGUUUCAAUUUAUUGAACAUGUAUUUUGUUCUACAACAGACUGAAAUUUCCGAUUCAUUGGUUUGGAAUCCUAUAGACUCGGAAAUAUUAUGUCCAAUUCAUAAUUACUUCAGAGUUGCACCGUGCAUGUUCAGGCCAAAUUUUGAGGGUUUGGAUGUCCAAAAUAUAAGUGAGCAAGUAACCAAAUUCAAUAACGAUAGGAAAGCUAAGGAGGAUUACGAAACUGCACAACUUCUUAGAAAGAAGAGAAUAAAAAUGGAAAAAAAUAAAGUCAAAAGGAAAUUAAAAAGAGAAAAUGAUAUUUUAUAUAACAUCAAAAAUAAUAUGAAGUAAUAUUAUA